CCUUACUUUCCAUCUUUGUUUGCGAUACUGCUGACUGACUAUUGGUAUGUGGAGUACCACGCUCCGAACACCGGCACAAUGCCUUCGAGCUCCCGGUCGAGCUCUCGCCAGCUCAUUUCGAGGCCGAUCCAGUCCCCGUGGCCCGCGGAAUUCCAUCCGGAGACCAGAGCCCAUCAGAAAAGAGAUCAACCCAUCACCAGCACAAUCACCUCAAUCCCACAACUCAGAAAUACCCGAAACACCAGAAACAACUGAAGCAGCAUCCAAUUCCCUCGUUUCACAAUAUGAUCCCUCUCAGAACACGCUACUCGCCCCAGUCCACAUCCCCGAAGAUCCUAAUGGCGUUAUAAAAGAGACCCAUCCUGCGACGGGGAUCCUCGCAAACUCCGGUCUGGUGGUCCAGCGCCAGCUGGAGCUGAUGAAUGUUAUGAUUGGCUUCGAACAGGCCAACAAGUAUAUCAUCAUGGAUGCGAACGGCAACCAUAUCGGCUACAUGGCGGAGCAGGAGAGCGGCAUGGCCAACAUGAUGGCGCGGCAAUCAUUCCGGACGCACCGCAGCUUCGUGACCCAUGUGUUUGACCGACAUGAGAAUGAAGUGCUUCGGUUUCACCGUCCGUUCGCAUGGAUCAACUCUCGCAUCCGCGUGUAUGACCCUCUGGACGUGGCUACAGGUGUCCAUUCGUCGUCCACUGCACACCAGACAAACUCGGUCGGAUCCCUGGCCCAGCCCACAGGGGACUCGAAGGCCCGGGUCUCAUCCUUAAACCUCGAGGAUAUGCGGGUUAUUGGAGAGGCCCAGCAGCAAUGGGCUCCCCUGCGGCGGAAAUACAACCUUUGCACAUAUCACCCCUCGCCAAACCCCGCGACAGACAUGAAAACAGAACCGUUGCCACUGAGCCAAAUGAACUUGUCCAAAUCGCAGCAGAUGCAGCUGGUGCCGUCAUCGCAGAGCGACCAAGACAAGGGCGCAUAUAACCAGUUCGCGUACGUCGAUGAGCCUUUCUUGUCUUGGGAUUUCGGUCUACGCACUGCCAAUAGCCAGCUGAUCGGCUCCGUGAACCGCAAUUUUGCUGGGUUUGCUCGAGAAAUCUUCACGGACACGGGUGUCUACGCCCUUCGCAUGGACUCUGUUGCCAACGCUCCGUCCGGAUCCAGCGAAGAGUUUCUCGACAAAAGCAACACAGCUGGCAUGACAUUCGACCAGCGGGCCGUGAUGUUGGCCACGGCGGUGAGCAUUGACUUUGACUAUUUCAGCCGCCAUAGCAAUUCGGGCGGGCUUGGUUUCAUGCCCCUCUGGAUCCCCGGGUUUGGCGGCGAGGCUGCGGCCGGGGGUGCUGCGGCCGGCGGCAUGGCCGAUGGCGUAGCAGCCGGUGCAGCCGGGGCGGGCGCCAUGGCCGGCUAUGAUGCCCUGUCCCGCGGGAUGGGACACCAGCCUGCUCCCGAUCAGCAAUCGCCGCCUGCCGAGCAACAGCCGCCAGCAUCCGAUCAAACAGGCCCUUACGGGGAUGUUUGGGGAGAGGAACCGGAACAAUCGGGGGCUCAAGAAGAGAGCCCGUGGGCCGAUGAAGUCGACGAGGGCGAGGGAGGGGGGGAUGAUUUUGAUUGGUUCUAACUGCACUGGAGAAGCAAAUGUACAGUCACGCGACCACCAUGAUAAAGUUGAGACGUGGUACCUGUCGAGACGCCACUGCUUGCUCCUUUGCUUCUUCGUCUCCUAGCAAGGAAGAGCAUUAGUGGAGAUGGGAAUCCGUCAAGGCUGGAACAAAGCCAUUCAGACCGCCAAUGUGACAAGAACUGCAUGACGAUAUGCAUACACUGGAAAUGUAUACUAGGAGUAUAUGUGCUUUUAGAAAACAGCCACUCAUGUACUAUAAAAGCAGUGAAUUUCCCAAUGAACUGUUACCACACCC